UUUCAAAGGCAAGUCACGUAAAGACGUGAACGGCGCCUUCUCUCCUUCGUUCCUGCCGGCGGCGAUGACUGAUGAGAUGAGGAUGGCCGCCGUCUUCGGCGAGGCCAAGCCGGAGAAAUCCGACAACCAAGCCGAUGCUCUGCCGCGCCGACCCGUGCUCUUCCGCGCCCACUCCCACUCCCAGGGCAGCCUCCGCGUCGUCGCCACCGACCUCCACUCCCUCGCCUGGCACACCUCCCUCGACCUCGACGGCCUCCGCGACCUCCAAGAUGACGUUGGUAUCGCUGGCUCCUGGUCCGACUUCCUCGACUACCUCAAUUCUUCCUUGUCUUCCGGCCAUGUCAGGCUCCUCUUCCCCGACGCCGCCCGAGGUCCUGAUACCGUUGAGCUUGUGGCUACCAAGGCGAAGGGGCUACCUCGCCUCACUAUCUCUCUCGAUAGAGUUGCUGCAUCUGAGCUCAAAGAUGUCAUUGCUGAUUUCUCCCUUGCGCUGUAUGAAUCUUACAAGACCAAGCAGGAACAUGCAUCCAGAGAACAACAGCAAGUGUCACAGCUCAUGCAAAGUCUAGCCUCUGAAAGAGAAAAAAACGAAGUAAUGCAAAAGCAACUUGAAGCCCUUUCAUUCCUCGACAAAAGAAAGGCUACAAAGCCAAAGCUGGUGACUGAUCAGGUUCCAAGUGUAUCGAGUGUACCUCCAAGCUCUGAUCAAAUUAUUGUUCCUGCGCAGCAGCAAACACCAGUGGCUUUGCCUAGCAAAGUUCCUCCUGCUAAAGCUACGAAGCGAUUGGCCCCUGUGUCUCGGAGGUUGUACACAACCAUUGAAAAACUACUUUUAUGGCAAGAGUACGAGGAGCUUUGUUGCAAGAUACUGAAGAAAAUGAUGAUGAUGAUAGUUAGAUAUUGCUGAUUUAUCAGCGUUGAUUGACUCUUUGGCAUGUAAACCUAUUACAUUUAGAUGACACUUAGUUUUGUGGCUGCUUGACUUAUGUCAAACUUGUGGAAUUAAAGUAUGCAGCUCAUGUUGUAGAAAAGGUAUGAGACUAAGUUCCUAAAAGAAAGGAUUGCUUCCCUAGCA